GCUUCGAGUCACUUAUUCCCGUCCCAGAACUCGGUAGCGGUUCGUCAGUUCUGUGACUUUAUGGCAGGUCCAGGUCGGGAUCGUGUGGUUCACCUGCUUCGUCAGCUGGAGCGAGCUGCGUGCAGGUGUCCUGCUCAUUCCAACACAUUCUACAAAGAAAUCAUGGAGAACCUUCUCAGAGAGGAACUUUGAUAGAAGAUCUAAUGAUGUUGAGACGAAGAAAAGUUCCUGACAAUAAAGUGACUCGUCUGUGUCUCCUGUGGCCGUCGUUGUCGUCGCCGCGGCAGCAGCAGCGGAGAACAGCAGCGGCGCAGAGACAGAGUACGCCUUCGAGAUGGCCAGUUCUAACAUCAGAUAUGGGCCAGGAGUCAGCAGAGAGAUUGGAAUGUACAGUUAGCAUGUUAGCCCACAGUUUGAACGCACUGUUGUACGUUGUGAGGCUGAAUCUUAAGGCCGUCCUACAGGACCUUCAGAACCUCAGGGCCCGGAAUGUUUGUCUGAUGACGGAUAAGAACUUGUCCCGCCUCCCUCCGGUGAAGGCGGUUCUGGACUCUUUGGCCAAGGCUGGUGUCAAGUACAAAGUAUACGACAACGUCCGAGUGGAGCCCACAGAUGCUAGUUUUAAAGACGCCAUUGCAUUCGCCAAAACCCACUCCUUUGAUGUGUUUGUGGCGGUGGGCGGCGGCUCUGUGAUUGACACCUGUAAAGCAGCAAAUCUUUACUCCUGUCAUCCCGACGCCGACUUCCUGGAUUUCGUCAACGCUCCCAUCGGAAAAGGAAAAGCAGUGACUGGAGCCGUGAAGCCUCUCAUAGCAGUUCCAACGACAGCAGGAACUGGCAGUGAGACCACGGGGGUCGCCAUCUUUGACUAUGAGCCGUUGAAGGCAAAAACAGGUAUUGCCAGCAGGUCCAUUCGACCGACUCUGGGCAUCGUGGACCCGACUCAUACACUGAGCAUGCCAGAAAGAGUGGCCGCGAACAGCGGCUUUGAUGUCCUGUGCCACGCCCUGGAGUCAUACACCGCCUUACCUUUCAACCAGAGGAAGCCUUGCCCACCCAACCCCAUCCAACGCCCCGCCUACCAGGGCAGCAACCCAAUCAGUGACGUCUGGUCUCGCCAUGCCCUCCAUGUGGUGGCUAAGUAUAUGAAACGAGCCGUCCGGGAUCCGGAGGACUUUGAGGCUCGGUCCAGCAUGCACCUGGCCAGCGUGUUUGCGGGAAUAGGUUUUGGGAAUGCUGGUGUCCAUCUGUGUCAUGGGAUGUCCUAUCCAAUAGCUGGGAAUGUGAAGACUCACUCAGCCAGGGGUUACAGUGUGGUGCACCCCCUGGUGCCUCACGGUCUCUCUGUUGUCCUCACGUCUCCAGCUGUCUUCAGCUUCACUGCCCCCAUGUGUCCAGAGCGCCACCUGGAGGCAGCUGAGAUUCUGGGUGCAGACGUGAGGCGAGUGAAGCGCACAGACGCGGGCGCUGUUCUGUCCGAAACACUGCGUCACUUCCUGUUUGACCUGCAGGUGGAGGAUGGACUACAAGCUGUUGGUUACACGUCAGAUGACAUCCCAUCUCUGGUGAGAGGAACAAUCCCUCAGGAGCGAGUGACCAAACUUUCACCCCGGGCUCACACCGAGGACGACCUGAUGGGUCUGUUUGAAGCCUCCAUGAAGCUUUACUGAAGCAGCACUCCCUCCAACAACCACUAGAGGGAGCAUCAUUUCACAGCAGUCCCGUUUGUUGUUUCCUCAGCUGCUGACGUUGGUACAGAAGAGGCCAAACAAAUGUUUAUUUAAAAAGUAAAUCUGUUUAAUUCAGUCAAAUACAUUCACUGAGAAAAACAUUUUAAAUAAUGCAGAAACUUUGAGUUUUAAAAAUAAACUUUUACUAAAU